GUAAAAAUGGUGGCGACCACGGUCAAGACGGGCGUCCUCUUCAAGAAGGGCUCGGGCAUCGGUCUCUUCAGCCGGAAGAACUGGAAGCCGCGCUACUUUGAACUCUCGUCGAGCCACCUCAGCUACUACGACGAGCAGGGCGGGAAGCUCAAGGGCGCGCUGCACCUCGCGUCCUUGGCUGCGCACGACAUUGAAAUCAUGCCCUGCGACGGCCGCAAGACGGGCAAGUCGGCCUCGACCAAUUGGCGCAUCUGCCUCAACACCAACGGCCGCCGCUUCUUCAUCGCGGCCGCGACCGAAGACGAAAUGUACGAGUGGGUUCAAGCGCUCUUGUUUGUCAUUGCGACGUGCAAGAUGCACAAGAUGCAGACGUGUGCCAGCGGCCUCUCGUCCCAGAUCCACCCCCUGCACGAACGCGCCUCCUACGCCAAGACAGCUCCGAUCGCAGGAGCGCUCUACUAG